ACGCGCCUCCUCAUUCCGCGGACCGCCGUCAUGGAGGAGCUGAGCGCCGUCGGUGAGCAGGUUUUUGACGCCGAGUGCAUCCUGAACAAACGCUCCAGAAAGGGGAAGUUGGAGUUUCUGGUGAAGUGGAGAGGAUGGUCAGCCAAACACAACAGCUGGGAACCUCAAGAAAACAUCCUCGACCCGCGACUGUUGGCAGCUUUCAACAAGAAAGAGCAAGAAAAGGAGCUGCUGAUGCUCAAGAGAGGGAAAAGGCCAAGAGGGAGGCCGCGGAAAAUUAUCGAAAACUUGCCUGAAGCUCCGAAGUCAAGCAGCUCUUCAUCUGGUUCAUCAUCAUCUUCCUCUGAUUCUUCAUCCUCGUGCUCCUCCUCUUCGUCCUCAUCAGACGAUGAUGAUGACGGCCACAUGAAUCACCCCGGCCCGAUAGUCAGAACACGAGAACUGCACCCUGUACCUCAGAAAAAGGCUCAGAUUGUUGUGGCCAAACAAGAGGUGCCAAAGAAACGCAGCCGGAAGCCUUUGCCCCCGGAAGUGAAGGAAUUCCAACACGACAAGGGUCACCGCAAAAUCCUAAAGACAGGCAAAGAUUCAGACCUGGAGGUUCCCAUCAAAAAGCCUGUUCACCCAGCGAGCUUCACAUUCAUGGGGUUCCACCGGGGCUCACCCCGGGACACAGUGAGCAUUCUGAACCGGAGCACUCCGGCUCAGGCGGGGUUGGGUAAACACUCGCCGAGCUCUGCAGGAUCUGCUCGAUCAGUUCAGGCUGCACCUUUUUCCAUGAGUAAAUCCAGUCAGACCAGGAAUGUCGCUGAGAGUAAAGUGUCUGUGUCCAGCAGUGGAACAAGUCUGGAUUUGAAAGCAGCUGCUUUCAAAUCAAAGGGGGUGGCAGCGCUGAAUUUAAAUUCUUCCAGACACCCCAUCCAAGGAACCACACAGCACACACUCAGCUCCCCCAGUGGACACAAGAAACCUCAGCUGGCUGUGUCAACCCUGCAGCGGACACCUAAUCCCAAAGCAGCAGCUUCGUUACCCUCAAAGGACUCAUCUGGUCUUCAUUCUCUGAACCUUCACAGCAUGAACAAAGCGGCACAGAGCAGCGGUGCUGGUGGAAACAGCACAAUACCGACAUCGGGCCUGCGGCAUGCAACAACCCCAGCUCGGAAAACCACCACUGCCCAAAGUCAAGAGUACAGUCCCGUUCAGAGCCCGCAGCCGAGGAAGACUCUUCCCGGAGAGUCGACCGGCAUGCAGAGCAGCAGGACCCAAGCCAGACUGGACAAGGGUGGUGGGAACAAAUCUUUGCCAGAUCCAGUUCAGAUUCAGCAAGAACGAACAACGUCCAAAGACAGCAAGCAAGCCAAAAUGACUGAGAUGAGCACAGGUGAAGAAGAGAGCAGCUCCGAGUCUGACCAGGAGCCCUCCUACGCCGCCAAUGGUCAGGAUCCGUCCAACUCCACCCACAACAGCCAGGAUUGGAAGCCCACACGGAGUCUGAUUGAACACGUGUUCGUCACAGACGUUACAUCGAAUCUCGUCACCGUCACCGUGAAGGAGUCGCCAACCAGCGUGGGCUUCUUCAGCAUCCGCAACUACUAACGAGACCCAGGAGCCACAUGUCCACAUGCUGUCCUUUUUUACAUUUUUAAUCAUUAUUUAUUUGCUUGUAUCUUAUAAACUAUGGAAGAAAUGUCAGGUUGAGGAAGGGUAAUGACUUUUGAGCUGGAGCACGGUGGACUUUUGUUUUCUGUACACUUUCUUUGAGCUCUGAGGUACCACAGAAGAAUGGUUUGGGAUUCAGAAUGAGACUGACAUGACUGCAGGGUUCAGGGUGCAGGGAUAUGUCCUCAUAUCCUUUGAGUCAUUAGCCGUGUUUGUUGUUUUAGUCGGUUCUCAAACUCCACAGGACGUAGGCCGAUAGCUCCAAACUUUGAAACCAUGUUUGACUUUGAUCUCGUGUGUAUGUCUGCAUAUGCUUUGUUGUAAACUAACCGCUCCAAAGAGGCAGCAGAUUAAAAAAAAAAACAUCGAAUGAAGAUGGUAUAAAAGUGCAACUAGAGCAAGAAGGGUCAUUUUAUUUUUUUAAUGUUAGCACAUAUUUAGUUGAUAAUAUCAGUGUUGUAACUCAGCUAAAGUCAUGUUUACUUUCUUUUAAUGUGUCAUAAUUAAGCUACCUCUAUUAUAUCCACACUGGCACCUUGCGGGUGCAUGCGGCCUCGUGGCUAACGUACACAGAUUCUAGCCCUUCACAACACUCGGUAAGCUCGGCGGGUCUGCGACCCGUUGUGUAGGUACACAUUUCUAGUGACAAGAACUGCUUCUUACACGGUCACAUGACUUUAAUGCCACUGGAACAGACUCGACUUCACGCAGCAUUCAACCGUUUGUUACCGCCUUAAAAACACGUUUCAUUCUAUGGUGGCGCCUGAUGAUCAGCGCCAGGCUGAGGCUCGAGCAUUGUUUUCCUCAAAUCUGAAAUGAUACAGAAUAAGUACUGUUGUUUUGAUGCGGCGGGAUGAUCUCGGACCUGGUUUUCAGUCUUCUCGAUGAAUCGCUUUGUGGCUUUGAGAACUCUCACAGGAACUCCUUUGUGGAAGGGGUUGGGUGUUGAUGAAAGCCAACAAUGCACUU